AUAAAAAUAAGUGCUUAGCCGCACGUCUGCAGUCACUUAGUCGACACGAUCGAAAGUGAGAACGUCAAAAAAAUUAGAAUUCUUUUUUUAACCAGUUGCCUGUACACCAUAAUCUCCAAAAAUUUCUUUACUCCAACCUCUUCGCUCAGAACGUGUUGUGUCCGUGUUUCGGUUUCAAAAUGAUACAAAAUUUACCAACCGAGAUCACUGACAAAGUCUUUGGAUACCUCAAAGAAACAGACCAACUGCAAUUGGCUCAAGUAAGCCAACAGCUUGGAUGUGUGUUUGCCCGCCACGCUAGAGAGAAAUAUAAGUCACUUUACAUCCGGGAAGAGGAAACAUGGUCAGACGACGAAUUAAAAGUUAUUCUGUCAUUAUUCGGAUCCACUGUUGAUUAUAUUUCAAUACAAUGUACUAAUGUACUAAAUCAACUUGGAGAACUCAUAGAAAAGUACUGCAAUAACCUUAGAUAUGUUAAAUUGCAGAUAACAAAUGAAAAUUUUAACGCAUUCAAACCUGUUUUAAACAUGACAUGCAUAGAAACUCUUUCCUUAUAUAAUUACGAUUAUCGCGGAAUUGAUCUGCUCCAGUACGUAAAUCCAUACUGUAAAAAUUUGCAUUUGGACGGAAUUUCGACGGCCCAAGGUCUACAUAUACGGAAGCUGACUCACUUGGAAAAGUUGGAAGUGAACGAGAUACGAAAUAUUUUCGAAAUAUGCUCCCAUCUAAAGAAACUUCGCGAAUUGACUGUUGGGAAUGGGUUGGGAAAUGUAUCAGAUCUGAAACUGGAUUAUUUAUAUCCUGAAUUGGAACAUCUGAUGCUUUCGUUUUUCGAAAUUGCAUUGGACUUGCCAGUAUGUUCGAAGCUUAAAAGGUUGACAUUACUAAGCAUUGCGUAUUACAUUAAAAAAUUUGGUGAAAUUAUUGGAAAGUACGCAAACACCCUGAAGUAUCUACAUUUAUUACCUUAUUAUAGCAAAGAUGAAUUCUAUGCCAAUAAUUUAAUAAUUGUUAUCAGAAAGUGUAAACGCUUGGAGUUUCUUAUCACUAGAAAAGGAAUUAUACGUGUCCUAUUCUUCUCAUUUCUGGAGUCCCUUAUAACCGCUUUAAAGGAGAAUGGUUUUAACACAGACAGACGUCUUAAAAUGGAGGUGCACUGUGGUAAAACAGACGAACUUAAGCAGGAAUUGAUGAACUUAUUCCCAAAUUCUGAAGUUUGGAACUUAAUUACAUUGAUUCAAUUCGAUCAAAUGUAUAUUUGAGAAUAAAAAAAUAAAAAUGAGCCACGAGUGUAUGUCAUGUGUGCGAUCUGGAAGAAAUGCUCGGGACACCAGAGCAACAAAGUUCAACACCAUUGUUUGCAUUUCUGGCAGAGAGAGGAGAGAGAGCAAGUUGAUGAAAAUUAAAAAGAAGAAAAUAAUACAAUUGUGACUACCACCGUUAUGCCAAGUUAUAAGACCAUAUGAAAGAUUAUAACCUCUAAAACCUUUUUAUUAUUGGGGAAGUACUUGUUUUGGACCAAACCUUUGGAAAAAAUCUGUUAAAGGGUAUUUUUGCGAAUAAGUUCUGGAGCACUUUUGACAUUGGAAUGCCCUCUCAUCUGUUAACAUUGUUAAGUUUGUUAAGCCUGUUAAAUAAUUUUUAAGAUGGGAAAUAGCCAUUAGUCUUGUUUUUUUCAUUCCUUAGCCCUACCCAAUCACCCUCUGAUAGAAGGUAUAAUCUACUUCUGUAACAUUCCCUUAGGGUAUUAAUAUUCGUGUUAUUAGCAUACGUUUCCGAAGAAACGCAGCAUGUUGCUAGGCACACAUCAAACGCCAUCAAACGCACUCAAACACGUUCGAACGGCGAAACACUCGAAAAAAACGUAAACACAACGUGUUGGCGGUCUGUCACGUUGGUUGUGUACCAAGUUUGAGCGUGUUGCCGUAGGUUCGAGCUCGUGCGACGAAAGAAAUAACCGAACGUUUCAAUUCCACUUAAUUCCGGUUAAAGUAAAAGAGAGCGAGAGAGCAACAGCCGAAUAGGUGAGAGAACUGACUGUUAACAUGGUCUGACUCUGGAAACAUAACAUUAUGCUGGACGUGUAUAAAAUAAUAUUUCUCAUAAAUUAUUAAAAAUUGUACAUUUAAAA